AUGGAGAUCCCGCUCCCCAAGCAAGAAGAAGGAACUAUAACAGAGAACGCGAGAUUGGCGAGCAACGUUCGAUUUGUGGAAAGGCCGACGUAUACUCCUCAGAUUUUUCGACGUAGAUUUCGCAUGCAAAAAAAAUUGUUUCUUCGUAUAGUGGAGGCCAUUACUGCCAAUGACGAAUAUUUUCAACAAAGACCUGAUGCCAUAGGUAGACAAGGUUUAUCACCGUUGGUGAAAUGUACUGGAGCAAUACGGGUGUUGGCGUAUGGUUCGUCAACUGAUGUUGUUGAUAAAUUCUUGCGAAUGAGUGAAACUGUAACAGGGACAUCUCUAAUAAAAUUCGUAGAAGGUGUCAUUUCCUGCUUCGGUGAUGAGUAUCUCAGAAGGCCUAAUUUGGCAAGGUUGCUCUAUGUUGUGGAAGAACGUGGAUUUCCGGGCAUUAUUGGUAGUAUUGAUUGCAUGCAUUGGGAAUGA